AUGGUUGUCUAUUACAAUUUUGUCCUUUUUAAAGGAUCAGCAACUGUCCUACCUAUUGGAACAAUAAUUUUGUUUACUGGUCAAAAUCUACCUGAAAAAUGGCUUGGAUGUGAUGGUUCAGAAGUAUCGAGAAUAGCUUAUCCACUAUUAUUUUCAGUUAUUGCUUCACUUUAUGGUGAUGGUGAUCAUGUCAAUACAUUUAAUCUGCCAGAUUUCCGUGGCAGAUUUCCAUUAGGUAUUGAUAGACGACACAAUCAAAACGUUGGACUCAAUCAAGGUGGAAAUCUAACUCAUACAUUAUCCAUUGAUGAACUACCAUGGCACCUUCACGAUCAGGGAACAUAA